GUCCAACGACGAAAAUGGGGCUGUCGGCUUGGGUGGCGGACACGCUCAGCGUGCUGACCAUCCUCUCAUGCGGCUUCAUGAAGGUGCCGCAGAUCCAGCACGUGCGUCAGGCGAGGAACGCAGACGGGCUCAUGCUGCAAGCCAUGAUCAUGGAGAUUUCAGGCUACACAACAAUGACGCUGUACAACUACACGAACAGCUACUCGCUCAUCACCUACCUGGAGUACCCCCUCAUCCUGCUUCAGAGCUACAUACUGCUGUACUACACCCUGAAGUUCAAGAGGAAACUGUACAGAUCUGUGACGACGGCGUCCGCGGUCACGUAUUGGACGAUCGUUGUGUGCUUCGUAACUGGCAUUUUACCGAGCUCCAUACUUACUUAUCUGACGCCCCUGUGCACUCCUCUGAGCGGCAUGUCCAAGGUUAUGUACAUCGUCGGGAUCAUAAUGGACGGCAACGCUGAUGCUGUGUCGCUCACCACUUGGGUCAUCUCCAUCGCCACCAACUUGGCUCGCAUUUUCACCGUCUACAUGGACUCCCAGGACUUCAACCUCAUGACCAACUUCACGAUCUCCACAUUCCUCAGCACCGGGGUCCUGGUCACCGCCAUCAUUUUCAAGUGCGGCCCGGAGCCCCCGCCGCCCUGCCCCCCGGACCUGCCCCGCAGUCGCCGGAAGAGCACACACGUUGAUUAAGGGUUUUAAGCAACUUUUAGAGCCACACUAGUUUGUCAGGCAUGAAAUAUAAUGUCAGGAAAGUGACGAAGUCCAGGCGUCUUCGGCUUUCUCGGAUAAUGCCAUAACUUGUAGGCCACCCGGUCAGGGCGGUUGUUGCGAUUCCUCCAAUUGAAGCAAUCUUUGAAAGGCGCCUUUGAUCAUACAGAUGUCGUGCAUAGUUGUUUUCCUUCGUAUUUCCUCGGAAACGUUCGUAUUUGUCAUGCUACUUCAGUCAACGUCAGUACUUUUUGUACCGAGACUGACUGAAAUAGCAAGAUGUUUCCGUGCAUAUUCGUGAAAAUACUAAGGAAAAUAAGUAUACACUACAUCUGUAGAUAGAUAGAUAGAUAAUCUGUUUAUUUGUACUCUAACUUAUCUUUGUCUUUAUCAAAAGCUUUAUACAAUUAUUAACUUCACACCGUAUAUUUAUUUAUACAUUAAAUUCUAACAUCUUCCCGGUGCCUUGAGUUGAAAUUUGUUCAUCUGCAAUUCCGAUUACAAUUAACACAUUGUUGUUACGCUCAUUAGAUAAUAUCGCAACGCAUGGAUGUAAGUGUUUAUGAAAAAUAUUCUAAAGGCAACUUGAUUUACUUUCAAUGGUUGGAUGUCUGUUAUGGGCCACUGUCCAGUGCCCGUGUUAUGUUAUUAAGUAUCUGAUUACCUUUCUUAACUCUCUCACUGGUUCAUCUUGAAAAUAUUGUACAUUCCGUUAACUCUCAGAAUGAACUUCGGAUUUUAGAAAGAUACAUCGGGUAUCGGCGGUAACACGCGUAGGUGAUACUGCUGUUCUGCUUUCUUAUUAACUCACAAAAAGUUUUAAACUUACCGCAAAAAGUUAAGGAUACCUAUUGUCUCAAUGUAAAAUAAGCCCUAAUAUAAUGACAUUAUGCUUAAUAUUCGGUGGAUGACUAUAUUGCGAUAUGACUUUUUGUCAAAUCUAAAUAAAAUAGAAUCAGAAUUUGAAAUUCG